UUAAAAUACUCCGAAAUAAACCAUAUAUAGCAACUAGCUUUGCUCCAUCUUCCUCCCUUUGAUUCUUUCAAUCAACCACAUAAAGGACUUUUGAGCUUGUACAGGGGAUUUUUCUUUUACUAUGAUUUACACGGCGAUAAUGGACACAUUUUAUCUAACAGACGAGCAGAUUAAAAACUCGCCUUCACGGAAAGAUGGAAUCGACGAAGUUACAGAGACCACACUUAGAAUCUACGGUUGUGAUCUCAUCCAAGAAAGUGGGAUUUUGCUCAACUUACCCCAAGUUGUAAUGUCAACUGGACAAGUACUAUUCCAUCGUUUUUACUGCAAGAAAUCGUUUGCCCGUUUUAAUGUGAAGAGAGUAGCUGCUAGUUGUUUUUGGCUUGCGUCGAAGUUCGAAGAACUUCCUAUGAAAGCAAGUGAGGUACUUUAUGUUUUCCACAGAAUGGAAUGUAGGAGAGAAAACUUACCCUUAGAGCAUCUUGAUACAUCUUCCCAAAAAUAUGAUGAUUUGAAAGCAGACCUAAUCAGGACAGAGAGGCAUAUUCUAAUAGAAUUGGGUUUCAUCGGCCAUGUGGAGCAUCCUCAUAAAUUGUUAUCAAUUUACCUUGCAACUCUUGAAUUAACACCCGAAACAGAAUUGGUACAAAGGGCAUGGAAUCUUGCAAAUGAUAGUUUGCGCACAACACUGUGUGUAAGAUUCAAGAGUGAGGUUGUGGCCUGUGGAGCUGUAUAUGUUGCAGCCCGUAGAUGUCGCGUGUCGCUCCCUGAGAAUCCUCCUUGGUGGAAAGUGUUUGGUGUAGACAAGGCUGGCAUUGAUGAAGUUUGCCGAGUUCUCGCUCAUCUUUACAGUCUUCCAAAAGCCCAAUAUAUCCCUGUAUGCAAGGAAGGAGGCUCGAUUGCUACGUUGAAUAGAAGCCAAGAAGUGGCUAAGGAGGCAAUAGUAAAAGCUGCUCUUGAUAAGUUGAAGGACUCAAAGACGAGUAAAGAGGAGUCAAAAGAAGAGCAUGCAAAAACUGAUCAUAGAACAGAUGCUGGUGCAGAAAAGAACAAGGAUAGAGAUAGGAACAGGGAAAGACAGAGGGAUAAGGAAAGGCUAAAGUUUCGUGAACGUGAUAGGGAAAGGAAAUUUGAUAGAAAAAGGGAGCGAGAAGACAUUGAAAGGGACACGGAUAAAUCCACGAAAAGGAGCCAUCGUUCAAGAGAGAAAGAUCACUCAGAGAAACGAAAACAUCAUUAUUCUUCAAGGGAGAAGGAUUAUCGUAGACACCAUUAGUUUCGAACUGCCUGAUAAAAUUUAUGCCCUCUUAUCAAACAUUUCGAGUAGUUGCUAACUGUUUUCGCAUAGUUCCUCUAUGCGGAAAUUGACUACCUGUGUCGUCCAAAGCUAUAUAUUAUCUGCAUUACCAACGGUUACUCUUUAACAUUCGGUUGAAGAAGUAUGCCUUUUUAUUGAC